CAUCAAUUCAACGAAGACGCAGGCGCUCAAAAAUUGACUGGCCAAGAGCUGUGUCCAGGCAGAGCCAACACUUCGCGAGAUAGAAUUACUUUGUGAUUGGGUCGUUUGGCUCGGCGUAAUCACCGGAGCAGACUUCCGUCAGUAUCCAUGGGGUCUGGUGGGGUUGAACCAACGGCGCGGGGCAAUGGUCUCGCCUCGGGCGGGCAAGACUAUGCAGCGGCUUCUUUUUUCUGCAAGUGGUCUUAACGAUCAGGUAACUUGACUCACAUUGCCAUUACGGGUCCUCUUCUUUGUAUAAUUUACACCAAAUCAAUUGGCUCACCCCAAACGUCCUCAAUCUUCUCACUUCAUUGUUUGAGAACGAGCAAGCUCCUCGCCAUCUAGUAUUUCUACGCCGACUAGAAAAGUCUAGAGUCAAUUUAACGCCGAUAUGCCCACAGAACUUCCCACUACGAACGGCAACACUGCCCAGGAUGGCGAGAACAACUUCGCCGUCAAGGCAGGAUUGGCGAGAAUGCUGAAGGGUGGAGUCAUCAUGGACGUUGUCAACGCUGAGCAGGCACGCAUAGCGGAAGAAGCCGGCGCAGUCGCCGUCAUGGCCCUUGAGCGUGUCCCCGCAGACAUUCGAGCACAAGGCGGCGUAGCACGUAUGAGCGACCCGCAGAUGAUCAAGGAGAUCAUGGACACAGUCACGAUACCCGUCAUGGCAAAGGCACGAAUUGGCCACUUUGUCGAGUGCCAGGCACGUUCCCCUUCCUCGCUUCUUAUUCUCGAAGCCCUCGGCGUAGACUACAUCGAUGAGUCCGAAGUCCUCACCCCCGCCGACGCCAUCCACCACGUCGACAAGCACCCCUUCCGCAUUCCCUUCGUCUGCGGCUGCCGCAACCUCGGCGAGGCCCUGCGCCGCGUCUCCGAAGGCGCAGCCAUGAUCCGCACAAAAGGCGAGGCUGGCACCGGCGACGUCAUCGAGGCCGUCCGCCACAUGCGCCAGGUCAACUCGGACAUCCAGAAGGCCUCGGCCAUGUCGUCCACCGAGCUGUACACGUACGCGAAAGAGCUCGGCGUCGACUACGCGCUGCUCAAGGAGACGGCGAAGCUGGGCCGUCUGCCCGUGGUCAACUUUGCCGCCGGCGGUGUCGCGACGCCCGCGGAUGCGGCGCUCAUGAUGCAGCUGGGCUGCGACGGCGUGUUUGUCGGCAGCGGCAUCUUCAAGAGCGGAGACGCGGCGAAGAGGGCCAAGGCGAUCGUGCAGGCCGUGACGCACUACAAGGACCCGAAGGUGCUGAUGGAGGUGUCGAUGGAUCUGGGCGAGGCCAUGGUCGGCAUCAACUGCGGUGACCUGGGCGAGCAGGAGAAGCUCGCGAAGAGAGGGUACUAG